AUGUCAUUGGAUUUCUCACCGGGCAUUGCCUGGAAGGAUUGUAAUGCUAGUGGUAAUGGUAAUGGUAUUGAUAGUGGUAAUGGUAAUGCUAUUAGUAAUGUUAAUGAUAAUGGGCAUGGUCGUGGUAAGGAUAGUGUAAUUCGCAUUAGUAAUGAUUAUGCUGAUGGUAGUGAUAACGUUAAUGGCGACAGUGUUGUAAUAGUAAUGAAUGGUAGAGGUAAUGGCAAUGGUAAUGGUUUUAGUAAUGGUAAUGAUUAUGGUAAUGGUAAUGGUAAGUGUAAUGGUAAUGAUAAUGGUGAUAGUAAUACUAACGGAUAG